CGACACAAUGAUGCAAGGACUCCAUCAUCAUCAGCAACAACUUGCAGCGCUUCUCUCCGUUGCUCUUCCAAAGGACGAUUCAUCCUCGUCCACCGCCCCUUCCGACGACGAUGACUCUCCUCGACUCGCUGCCAUUAACUCACUUCACCGCGCAAUUGUAUAUCCGCACAAUUCGCUCCUUGUCACUCACUCCGCCGCUUUCCUCACCCAAGGUUUUUCUCAACUGCUGUCUGAUAAAUCUUAUGCUGUGCGUCAGGCAGCAGUUAUAGCCUAUGGUGCUCUCUGUGCUGUCAUUUGUUCAAUUCCUGUUGCAUCAAAUGGAAGACAGAACCAUGUCAUACUUGCAAGUUUAGUUGACAGGUAUGGUUGGGCGUUGCCAUUAUUAAGUAAUGUUGGUGCAGUUGAUGGGACUAAGGAAUUGGCGUUGGAUGGUCUGCGAGAGUUUCUUAAUGUUGGAGAUGUUGUUGGAUCUGAGAGGUAUGUUUUGCCGAUUCUCAAAGCAUGCCAGCUACUCUUUGAGGAUGAGAGAACCUCCUUGAGUUUAUUGCAUCGACUUCUGGGAAUUAUAACAUUGAUCUCGGUGAAAUUCUCAAGAAGCUUUCAACCUCAUUUUCCAGACAUUGUUGACCUCCUUCUUGGAUGGGCAUUGGUACCAGACCUUGCUGAAUCAGAAAGGCGUGUUAUAAUGGAUAGCUUCUUGCAAUUUCAGAAACAUUGGGUUGGUAGCUUGGCUAUGUCUCUAAGGUUACUGACAAAGUUGGGUGACAUGGAGGUCUUGCUUCAAGAUGGAACACCUGGAACCCCACCUCAAUUUCGAAGGCUUCUGGCAUUACUUUCUUGCUUCUCAACAAUUCUGCAAUCUACUGCUUCUGGGUUGCUGGAAAUGAAUCUUCUUGAACAAAUAAGUGAACCCCUUAGCACAAUGCUACCUCACUUGUUGAGAUGCUUAUCAGUGGUUGGGCAAAAAUUUGGAUGGUCUGAAUGGAUUGAAGACUUUUGGAAGUGUUUGACCCUAUUAGCAGAAAUAUUGUGUGAACAAUUUUCAAAUUUUUAUCCUCUUGCUGUUGAUAUCUUAUUUCAAAGCUUGAACAUGGACGCUACAACUCACCAUGCUGGAUAUAGGAAAAUUACAUCCUUUCAAGUUCACGGGGUUCUGAAAACUAAUCUUCAAUUAUUAUCAUUGCAAAAGCUUGGCCUCCUUGCAUCAUCUGUGCAGAAGUUAUUGCAGUUUGAUGCACCAAUUUCUCAGCUGCGGUUCCAUCCAAAUCAUUUAGUAACAGGAAGUUGUGCUGCAACUUAUAUUUUCUUGCUUCAACAUGGAAAUGAAGAAGUUGUCAAUGAAGCAGUUACCUCAAUGAUGAAAGAGCUGGAGGUGUUGAAGGCUAUGCUAGGAAAAAAAAUUCAUCAUACAAAUGAUUUCAAUAGUGUCACAACUUCAAGAACAUUUUCUAAGCUUGAAUUAUUUUCAUUAAUCAAGUUUGAUUUGAAAGUUCUACUGGCAUGUGUUCCCUUGGCUGUGGAUAGCAAUUUGACUGGCCGAACAGAAAUUGUUGCCAUGUAUGUUAGGAGGUCAGAAAAGUUGGUGUCUUUUAUUACGGAAAAGCUGAAUCCUUUUGAAAUCCCUAUUCAACCUUACUUGGAGUUGCAGGUUGCCAUUUUCAAGUCACUAGAGAGGCUGACUACAAUUGAGCUCAUGAUCAAGUGCUCUGUGAGAGACCGGAAUUAUGAUAAUGAUUUUAUAGAAUUUCCAACUAAAAAGGAGAGUAGCGCUGACCAUUUAAGUGAUGGCCAUUCAGCUUUGAUUACUGGCUAUCUAGCCAAGUAUAGCUUGCUCCUGAUUAAAGGCCUUCAGGUUUCGUCUCCUCUUGCAGUUAAACUGGCAGCCCUACAUUGGGGCCAAAAGUUCUGUGAGAUUGUUAUGGCUAUUAAUGAGAUCUCAAAUGCAAAUGCUUAUUCCUAUGAACCAUGUGGACAUGCUAAUAUUGUAGUGAAAUUAGUUUUCUCACUCUUAGGUGCUACAUUUGACAGAGAAAUUGAAGUGAGAUCACAUGUUGCAAUAACUUUAGAGGUGUUUCUGCGAGCAAAACUUUUACAUCCGGUGUGUUUUUAUCCUCUAGCUGAAGUGAUACUUGAGAAACUUGGUGAUCCAGUUGUUGAGAUACGGGAUGCAUAUGUGAGGUUACUUGCCCAUAUUUUGCCUACUACUGUAUAUGCUUGUGGCCUUUAUGAUUAUGGGAGAUUUAGGCAUGUUAACCUGAGCUUAGGCAAUGCUUCCAACUUGCACUGGAAGCAAGUAUUUUCCCUGAAGCAGCUGCCUCUGCAACUGCAUUCACAACAACUUGUGUCUAUCUUAAGUUUCAUUUCACAGAGAUGGAAGGUGCCUCUUUCUUCCUGGAUUCAGAGGCUCAUUCACAGCUGCAAGAGUUCAAGAGAUUCUAUUUUUAGUCAGCCUGAAGAUACUGGAACUUUUGGUGCUAAUGCUGUAUGGUUGGAUGUAAAAGUGGAUGAAGACAUUCUUGAAAGAAUAUGUUCUGUCAACUCAUUAGCUGGUGCCUGGUGGGCUGUACAAGAAGCUGCUAGGUAUUGUAUUGCUACGCGUCUUAGGACCAAUCUUGGUGGACCUGCUCAAACAUUCGCUGCCCUAGAGCGCAUGCUUUUGGAUGUUGCUCACCUUCUACAUCUUGAUAAUGAGCAAAAUGAUGGAAAUUUAAGCAUGAUAGGAUCUUCUGGUGCUCAUCUAUUGCCAAUGAGAUUAUUGCUGGAUUUUGUUGAGGCUCUAAAGAAAAAUGUAUAUAAUGCAUAUGAGGGUUCUGUCAUUUUACCAUCUGCUACCCGCCAGAGUUCUUUGUUCUUUCGAGCUAACAAAAAAGUUUGUGAAGAGUGGUUUUCUCGUAUAUGUGAACCAAUGAUGCAUGCUGGAUUGGCUCUACAUUGCAAUGAUGCUAUUAUUCAAUACUGCACUCUACGUUUGCAGGAGCUGAAAAAUCUUUCCAUGUCAGCUUUGAAGGAAAAAUCAAGAGCUCAAGUAGCUGAGAACUUACAUAGUAUCAGAGGAAGGUAUAAAGCAGAUGUCUUAAAAGUUUUAAGGCACAUGUCACUAUCUCUUUGCAGGAGUUUUGAACCAGAGUCUUUGAUUGGCUUGCAAAAUUGGGUUUCAAUAACAUUCUCUUCCUUAUUUGGGGAUGAUAACCAAUCCUUCAAUGACUCUGGCACAGCCAGCCCUCUUUCAUGGAUAACAGGGCUUGUAUAUCAGGCAAGAGGUGAAUAUGAAAGUGCUGCUGCUCAUUUUACUCACUUGUUACAAACAGAGGAGUCACUUAGUUCUCUUGGUUCUGAUGGUGUGCAAUUUGUCAUUGCACGAGUAAUUGAGAGUUAUACUGCUGUAUCAGAUUGGAAAUCUCUUGAAAGUUGGCUAUUAGAGCUGCAACUACUUCGUUCUAAGCAUGCUGGAAAAAGCUAUUCUGGGGCUCUAACUAUGGCUGGAAAUGAAAUUAAUGCAAUCUAUGCGUUGGCACGCUUUGAUGAGGGUGAUUACCAGGCUGCUUGGUCUUGCCUAGAUUUGACACCUAAAAGUAGCAGUGAACUCACCCUUGAUCCAAAAAUAGCAUUGCAACGGAGUGAGCAGAUGCUUUUGCAAUCAUUGCUUUUCCAAAAGGGGGGAAAGAGUGAUAAAGUGAUUCUUGAUUUGCAGAAGGCUAGAUCAAUGUUGGAGGAGCCUCUAUCUAUUUUGCCACUUGAAGGGUUGGCUGAAGCAACACCUCUUGCUGUUCAGUUGCACUGCAUUUUCUUAUUAGAAGAGGAUUGCAAGCUUAAAUCAACACAUGACGAGGCCAAACAUGCUCAGUCAAUAUUAAAUUCCUAUAUUAAGUCGGUGCCAUCUUCUAUUAGCAAAAUCCGUCAAGAUUGUAGUCCAUGGUUGAAGGUUCUUCGAGUAUACCAAGCAAUGUUCUCAACUUCUUCAGUUUGUAUGGAGCUCUGCAUGAAUUUGCUGAAUUUAGCCCGAAGACAAAGAAACCUAUUGUUGGCAAAUCGUUUGAAAAACUGUCUCAAAGAUUGCAUAUCCAGUUGUCCUGAAGAGAGGCAUCGUGAUCUUCUCUCUUUAAAUUUACAGUAUGAGAGCAUUCUGCUACUGUAUGCAGAAAACAAGUUUGAAGAUGCUUUCACAAACCUCUGGUCAUUGUUGCGUCCUUGUAUGGUUUCUUUAGAUUAUAGAAUGUCUGACGUUGAUGAGAAGAUUCUGAGGGCCAGAGCAUGCUUGAAGCUUGCAAAGUGGCUGAGGCAAAAUUAUUCUGAUUGGACUCCCAAUAAUGUAGUUCUUAACAUACUUGCAGAUUUUGAAAGGGCUGAAAUCCCUUCAGUUGAUGAGGAUGGCAAUGAAGAGAAUAUGAGAUUUAAGCAUAGUGGGUCAGGUUACUGAGGAGAUUGUUGGCACAUCCACAAAGUUGUCUACUUGCAUUUGCCCCACCAUGGGCAAGUCAUGGAUUUCUUAUGCCUCUUGGUGUUUCAAGCAAGCCAAGGACUCACAACUUAAUAAUAAUGAAGCUGCCCUUCGUUCGUGCUUCUCU